ACGGGCGCCGUGAGGGAGAGGAGGCGGAGCUAUUACGUCGCACCGGCUGUGUGGCAUACACAUGAUGCAAAAUGAGUGUCCCUGAUUACAUGCAAUGUGCGGAGGAUCAUCAAACUUUGCUAGUUGUGGUCCAGCCAGUUGGGAUUGUUCCGGAAGAGAGCUUUUUCAAGAUCUACAAGCGAAUCUCAACAGUGAGUCAGAUCAAUGUCCGUGACUCUCAGCGUGUACUUUAUAUCCGGUACAGGCAUCACUACCCACCAGAGAACAAUGAAUGGGGAGAUUUUCAGACACACCGCAAAGUUGUGGGGCUCAUAACCAUUACGGACUGUUCCUCUGGAAAGGACUGGCCCCAGACCUUUGAAAAAUUCCAUGUUCAGAAGGAAAUAUAUGGUUCGACUCUUUAUGAUUCGCGGCUGUUUGUUUUCGGGCUUCAAGGAGAAAUUGCAGAGCAACCUCGAACAGAUGUGGCAUUUUAUCCUAAUUAUGAUGAAUGUGAAAAUGUGGAGAAGAGAAUAGAGGACUUCAUUGAAUCUCUCUUUAUUGUAUUGGAAUCCAAACGUCUUGACAGAGCCACAGAUAAAUCCGGAGAUAAGAUCCCACUUCUUUGUGUUCCUUUUGAAAAGAAAGAUUUUGUAGGUCUGGAUACAGACAGUAGACAUUAUAAGAAGCGUUGCCAGGGUCGUAUGCGAAAGCAUGUCGGUGACCUAUGUCUGCAAGCUGGAAUGUUACAAGAUUCUCUCGUACACUACCACAUGGCUGUGGAACUUCUCCGUUCUGUAAAUGACUUUUUGUGGCUUGGAGCUGCUCUUGAAGGAUUAUGUUCAGCCUCUGUUAUCUAUCACUAUCCCGGAGGUACAGGAGGUAAAUCUGGUUCUCGCAGGGCACAAGGAAGUUCCCUUCCUGCAGAAGCAGGCAACAGGCACAGACCAGGGGCACAAGAAGUUCUUAUUGAUCCAGGGGCCCUCACUUCGAAUGGCAUUAAUGCAGAUACCAGUACUGAAAUAGGACGUGCGAAGAACUGUCUUAGCCCUGAAGACAUUAUAGAUAAAUACAAAGAGGCCAUUUCUUACUACAGCAAGUACAAGAGUGCUGGAGUCAUCGAGUUGGAAGCCUGUGUGAAGGCGGUGAGAGUGCUGGCAAUUCAGAAAAGAAGCAUGGAAGCUUCUGAAUUCCUUCAGAAUGCUGUUUAUAUUAACCUUCGUCAGCUUUCUGAAGAAGAAAAAAUUCAGCGUUACAGCAUUCUUUCUGAGCUUUAUGAGCGUAUUGGAUUUUAUCGCAAAUCAGCUUUUUUCAAGCGUGUGGCAGCGAUGCAGUGUGUGGCACCUAGCAUAACAGAGCCCGGCUGGAGAGCCUGCUAUAAACUUCUCCUGGAGACUCUUCCUGGUUACAGUCUAUCUUUGGAUCCUAAGGACUUCAGCAAAGGAACUCAUCGUGGUUGGGCUGCUGUGCAGAUGCGUUUGCUUCAUGAAUUAGUGUAUGCCUCUAGAAGAAUGGGAAAUCCAGCACUUUCUGUCCGACACUUAUCCUUUCUCUUGCAAACCAUGCUGGAUUUUCUUUCUGAUCAAGAAAAGAAAGAUGUAACACAGAGUCUAGAAAACUAUACAUCAAAAUGCCCUGGAACAAUGGAAUUUAUCACACUUCCAGAUGGCUUAAAGCUCCCUCCUGUGCCAUUCACAAAACUUCCCAUUGUAAGAUCUGUCAAGCUAUUAAACCUCCCUGUAAGUCUUCGGCCGCAGAAAAUGAAAAGCUUGCUGGGUCAGAACAUGUCAACCAAAAGUCCCUUUAUAUACUCUCCCAUCAUUGCUCACAAUCGUGGAGAGGAGCGAAGUAAAAAAAUAGACUUUCAGUGGGUGCAGGGAGAUGUUUGUGAAGUUCAGCUGAUGGUGUACAAUCCAAUGCCCUUUGAACUUCGUGUAGAAAAUAUGGGCCUUCUGACAAGUGGAGUUGAAUUUGAAUCCCUCCCUGCAGCCCUCUCUUUACCUGCAGAAUCUGGCCUCUAUCCAGUAACACUGGUUGGUGUUCCUCAGUCUUCAGGCCAGAUCAAUAUCAAUGGUUAUCACACUUCAGUCUUUGGAGUCUUCAGUGAUUGCCUUCUGGAUAAGCUACCUGGAAUAAAGACCAAUGGCUGUACAGUGGAAGUCAUUCCAGCUUUACCUAGACUACAGAUUAGUACUUCGUUACCAAGGUCUGCUCACACACUGCAGCCUUCCUCAGGAGAUGAAAUCAGCACCAGUGUGUCUGUCCAGCUGUACAACGGAGAGACCCAGCAACUCAUCAUUAAACUAGAAAAUAUUGGAACUGAGCCUUUGGAGAAACUGGAAGUCACAUCAAAAAUGGUCAACACAAAAGGAAAGCUGUUUGGUGAUUUUCUGAGCUGGAAUCUAGAAGACACGCUCACCCAGUUUCCUUUGAAACCAGGAAAUAUUGCUACAUUUACUGUGUACAUUAAAGUAAAGCUUGACUUCUCCUGUCAGGAAAACCUCCUGCAAGACCUUAAUGAUGAUGGAAUUAGCGUGAGUGGUCUUCCACUUUCCAGUCCUUUUCGACAAGUGAUAAAACCACGAGUAGAGAAUAAGCCUAUAAAUCCACCAGAAACCUCCAAAGUUGGCGACUUCAGUCACGUAAAGACAUUGGAAGCUAUCUUGAAUUUCAAAUAUUCAGGCGGUCCCGGACAUGUUGAUGGUUAUUACAGGAACUUGUCUCUGGGGCUUCAUGUGGAGGUGGAACCAUCUGUCUUCUUUACACGUGUCAGUACCCUGCCUGCAACAAGUACCCGCCAGUGCCAUCUACUCCUUGAUGUGUUCAACUCAACAGAACAUGAACUCACAAUUAGUGCAAAGAACAAUGAAGAUCUAGUUCUGCAUGCUGGGGAAUGCCAACGCAUGGCUAUCCAAGUUGACAAGUUCAACUUUGAAAGUUACCCCGACUCCCCUGGAGAAAGAGCACAAUUUACAAAUCCAAAGCAGCUGGAGGAAGAGAGACAGCAGGCAAAAGGUCUGGAGAUCAACAGCAAGUUAGACAUUCUCUGGAAAAUUCCCUCUUUGAAGCGUGAAGGGGAAGCAAGUGUAGAAGGAGUUCUCAAUCAACUAGUCCUAGAGCACCUGCAAUUGGCUCCUCUCCAGUGGGAUGUGUCGGUGGAAGGGAAGCUGUGUGACUGUGACAUCGUAGCAGACUGCACAGUUGGAGACCCCGUCAAGCUGGAGGUGAAGCUAACCAAUUUGAGCAAACGCAACAUCGGCCCCAUCUCUCUCACUGUGAUCCCAUACCAAGAUUACCAAAAUGGUGUCCACAACUAUGAUCUCCACGAUGGCAUCACUUUUGUUGGAUCCAACACCUUUUAUAUUGAUUCAGUCAAACCAACAGAACACUCAGUGUGCAUUGGAGCCCUCUUAUUUCUCUAUACGGGUGACUUCUACUUGAACAUCAAAUUCCAUGAAGACAACUCCAGCAGGGAGCUUCCUCUCUCAUGGUUUUGCCUGCCCAGCAUUCACAUCCGUGCUGUGAAGCCUGUGAUCCAGACUAAGUUGUAAAUGUACCGUAUAUUAUUGCAUUAGCCACCAUGCUCAGCAAGGCAGGGGGGGGGGGAUGGAUGGCCUUCUCUUGACCCCAGCAUCUUGCUUUCCAAUCCAAGAGUCCUACUUCGGUAGAGGUGCAUUCAAAUCCUUGCCGCAAAUGGCUGAUCGUAAUUGGACAGCUGCUUCUGCUUGUUUGAGAAGAUGUGGUUGAGUAUUCUGAAGAACUGGAUUUUCCUCAUUUCCAAGUAGUUUACUGGAAAACAAUCCCUUUUCUUUUCUUUUUUCAAAGAUGCUUCCAUUUAUGCUGAAAUGUAACACUGGGCCUUAGCCAUUAGUUGUUAUAAUAUAAGUUUAAAACUAGCUAGUAGCUACUGUGUACCAAUGUUUGUCUCAUUGGAGGAUAUUUACUAAAUUCUCUCAAUAUGACCCAGUGGGGCAGAAUUUCUAAAGCCACUUUCUGUUUCUCUCUUGAACUUUUAGAAAUAAUCUAGAAUCUUUUGAAUGUGUAGUAAAUUCAUCCCCAGAAGCAUCCCUCUCUUUCCUUCACCUGCAGACUCAAGUCCAAUUCCUAGGAUCGCAUUUGGGGUUUGUACAAUUUUUGUCAAACCUUUUAAAAAAAUCCCACCCAGAUUUAACGUUGAUGUGGCAAAAACAUAAUUUGAUUGAUCCACCAAGGUGUCGGGCUCCAGAUUCUUGUUCUGUCACUGGUAUUAUUCUCUAUGACACAGCAAAGUGGCAUCACCAUCCCUGGUAGGACACUCAGAUGACAACUUUGCCACUUUCACUAUCAGUCCCAGUUUACAAAAACAUUUGGCACAGUUUGAUUACAAACCCCUGUGUGGUUGAAGGAGUUGGCGCUUAGAACUCAUCAGGAAUGUUUUAAGCAUUGCUUAUUGCAUAAAACAGGGAAUCCAUGGUCCUGUUCACUUGUUACAUUCUCAUCCCUCUUCUAUUUGUCUCCCCAGUCUCUGUACUAAACAACUGAACUGGUCUGUACUGUAUUUGAUUUAAGCAUUGGCUCUUGCUGACCAGGUAUCUCCAGAGUGAAACAGGAAGAAUGGGCUGCAGAGCAAGAGAAUGUCAAAUAAACAUAGCACAACCCGGUUCACUUCAGCUGCCAUUGGUUACUUUAGCUGUAAAUCUGACAUUUGUCAAGCGCGUCUGGGGCCAAUUGAGCAUGGUUGUUAGAGUGCUUUAACAAUCAACCACUGAUUAGAAUGCUGUUGUUGCUUAGAAGACAGCUCCUAACCCCCUUGAGAGGAAGAGAGAUUGUAAUCUGAGUUAAACCUAAUUUAGCAUACUAUCCUGAGCCCCUAAUGGUUAUUUAAAACUAGCAACUGUAAUUAUGAACUUGCAACUUUUAAAUAACAGGAAAUGUAGACAUAAAAUCCACGCUAUUCAGAGAAAGUGUUCAUCUGAUCUUACAAUUUUACUUUUCACUUUACUUAAGGGAGAUGCAAUUCUUUUAAAAACUUUUUACAAAUUAAAAAAAACAAACCAUAUUUUUGUCAUCGUGUGUUUGGUGUUGGGAAUCGGAAGAUAAAAGACCCACUGGCUUAAUUAGUUCAAAAGGAGAGUAUCACAGAUGUCAAAUGGCAAUAUUGCAAGGACACCUAUAUUUUUGGUAGAGGAACAGCUAUACAAGCCAGUCAUAUGGGUGCUAACAUGAAGAACAUCUUUCUUCCACCACCUUUAGGCUUAUUCUCUUUGUACCCACUUACGUAUGAUAUUUCUGGGCCUCAAUAGGACAGAAAUCACAAUAGUGCCCUUUUGUUUGUUUGUUUAUACAGUAGGAGAUUUAUGUCUCUCUCCUCAUCUCUUCUGUUUGAAAGGGAUAUUUCCUCCAAUCUUGUUACUUCCACAGCUAGUAGAGGACAUGAAGGGAUAUCCUUUUCCUCCCUUGAAAUAAUUGUCUGAACUACUGUGGAGAAUAAAGGUGUGCAGCAAAAGACCCCAGGGGCCAUGGGAAAUGCCACACUUAAAAGCAACUCGUAGGAAAUAAUUUUUUUCUUUCAUUUGAUAAUUAUCUAUGUUUUGGUUGGAUUUUCCUUGGGUUUUAUCAAAAUUUGGAGUCACGCUUGUCUAUACCACAUAGGUUGCCUGACUUCCAAAGGUAAUGAGAUUAGGGUUAUAAGUAUUAACUUCACCUUUUGAAACUCCCCAUUGUGUCCGCCACUCAAAUCUUUCAAGAUGCACAUCUACCCUUCUAUAUGGCACAUUCACUAAAUACCCAGAUAACCCAUUUAGAAUUUUCUUCAGCAUUUGGGCAGGCAUUUAAUGGCAAGCGUUCUCCUACUUCUCGCUUUUGAUGAGCAGAGAGUAUUGUAAAUUGUGCUAUACUAUCUACUAAUCCUGGUUGCACACGCUAACAGCCAAUAACAUUUCCAAAUGGGCAAGUGCGCUUUCAUUUAUGAACUCAUGCAAUCACGACUGGGAAAAUAGCACAUCCAGGCUCCUGCAUAGAAAGUAUUUGUUCGCUCCGCCUUGCAGUCCACUCUGCCACUGCUCUCCAGAAGCAUCUGCUUACUAAUAGAUAUUGCUCUGUGCAAGGUGACCUUUGAAGUCUGUUCCAUUAUAGAAAUGUAGCAUCUAACCUUCGCCUUGUUAACUUUAGUGAUUAUCUGCUUUGGCACUCUCCCAGUUUGCUUGCUUGCACGCACCUGAGCAAGAGAGAGGAGACCGGCCGUUCUUGGCGUUCUGGAAUCCUGAAUCCUAGUUUCCAGCUAGAAGUAAAUCUCCGAUGGUGGUGUCAUUUUUUCACAGCCGUAUAUUGCAAAGGGAGUUGCUGUAGGCCUGCCUCCACUUAACACCUGUGUCUUUAAUCUAUUGAGAGUCCCCCAUUGAAGCUGCUGUCAGGAAACGGUCCUGCAAGAGUUUCAAUGCAGUUUUUCUCCUACCCCCAGGUUCCUUCUCCUUUUCUGGAACUGCAGGUACAUUUCCCUCCCUUCCCAAUGUGAUUUGUAAUAGGUCAACUUCCACUUGUAAAUCUGAUGCCACCCCACUUAGAUGAGUUAGGGCAUUCUUUGAUUUAAACCCUAUUACAAGUUGGGAACAGAAUUUGCUCUAUCCUGGAGAAACUGAAAUAAUAUGUAAGUUGAACUUGCCAAAUAAAUAUUUAGCCUUUGUUUACCCA